AUGCAUAUCAAGCAUUUGACUUGGUGACGAGUACAGAGUAAAAUGUUCAAUAAAUACUUAUUAUAAUCUACCAAAAGCCUCUUUGUUUCAUGGAACUUUGUUGAAAUGAUUUAUCCUUAAUAACUUCCCUUCCAGGACUCUACUGUGAUCGGCUUAUUUCUUUUUACAGUUUCGUUGCUUUCAUCUUAACAGGGUCUCUGAAGGAAGAUGAGAACAAAAUGUAUGAUUCGGUUUUGCCAUCUUGAACUGGAGCCUCUUUUAAAUUUUUAUUUUAUUUAAACUAGGUAGCACUAUAUAUAGACAAUAUAUAGUCACCCACCUGUCCCUGGCCUACACUAAUGCGUCAGCUUUAGAUAAAGAACUUUCCUGGUUCUCUUGGUUAAAGUUUCAGAAAUAUUGGGGUCCAGUUCUAACUAAAACAGUCGUUACAAAUCUGUUAGGAUCACUGAUUUGCCAGAUGUGUUUUAAGUCUUCACCUCUGGUUUAGUGGGGCGUAUGCAGUUCACAUACCUUCUUAUAGGUAGCGCUGCAGAGCAUAGCGCGCCCUACUGGAGCCGGCGAGAUUUCUCCAGGAGAGGGCGGAGCCCGUGGGGCAGAGUCUGUGAGCUGUACGCAACGUCAGGGGCGGGAAUAACGCUCGCCCCGCCCCUGCCAUUGAUUGGAAGGAGGAACCAUCACUUGGCAGCGCCGUUGGGGUGGGAGGAAGAAGGGAGCCCUGGCAGAGGUGACGCUGUGGCGGCGGAGGUACGGGAAGCAGAGUGGACCCUGUGUGAGAGUUCCUGCAGCACUUCGGGUGCUUUCCCCUCAUUUCUCCGCGGUGAAUGGCGGCGGGAUGGAGCACGAAGGGAGCGGCAGUAGCGGAGGGUCAGCCGGGCUCCUGCAGCAGAUCCUCAGCCUGAAGCUAGUGCCGCGGGUGGGCAACGGGACCCUGUGCCCCAACUCCACUUCUCUCUGCUCCUUCCCAGAGAUGUGGUAUGGUGUGUUCCUGUGGGCACUGGUCUCCUCUCUCUUCUUUCAUGUCCCUACUGGACUGCUGGCCCUCUUCACCCUCAGACAUCACAAAUAUGGUAGGUUCAUGUCUGUAAGCAUCCUGUUGAUGGGCAUCGUGGGACCAAUUACUGCUGGAAUCUUGACAAGUGGAGCAAUUGCUGGAGUUUACCGAGCAGCAGGAAAGGAAAUGAUACCAUUUGAAGCCCUCACCUUGGGCACUGGACAGACAUUUUGUGUAGUGGUGGUUUCCUUUUUACGGAUUUUAGCUACCCUAUAGCGUACGUCCUUAUGCUGUGAUGCCAAGAAAAUUUAAUAAAUAAACCUGAGAUAUAGAAUCCUCAAAAAGAAUAUAUUAUGAAAUGUGAUAUUUUCUUAUUUCUUCAAAUGGAGGCAAGUUGGAUGAACAGAUAGAUGAAGGAUGACGCCUCAGCCAUUUCUUCAGUUCAGAGCUCUGGGAAUUGAAGACCUUUUCAGAUUCCUGUUGUUCUCAACCAAAAGAAAACAUGUUCCUUGACUUUUCUUUUUUAUAGAUAUUUAAUUUAAGCAGCUUUAUACCUUUACCCAAGCCAGGCCAACAGGACUCCUGGGUUGGCAACCCUUACACUGAAAUUUAUAAUAUUCUGUGAGAAAAUGCAAUGUUACAUGUUCAGAGAAACUAUGAGCAAUAUUGGUUUAUUUUUAAGCAGGGCAUACUGUACUAAAAUCUUAGUUGAUCUAGUUUUGUUUAAAAUGUGGUAAAUUCUUCUUUUGCUACAUUUUCAUGACAGUAAGUGCCAAGUAGGUUUUGGCUGAGUAUAACUUUGAGAACAAAUUUGGUUACAUGUAACAGAAAAAAAAAUCUAAAUGUGACACAAAUAGUGGCUUUGGCUCUACUGUUUAAAGAAAAAAGAGAUAAUUAUUGAAUGGUGUAACAUUUUGUGGAUAGCCAUCUUGACCUCUGAUUAUUUAACAUAUUUUAAGAGAUAUGAAUUUGUUUUGUGCAUAUUAUCAAAAUAAGCUUGCUAAUUGAGACCUCCUCCCCCCGAAUCCCUGUACCACCUUUUCUUAUCUUUUAUUCUAUUAAGUUUUUUAGUUUAAUUGGAAACAUACCCUGUUUAACUGUCCUAAGUUGAAAAUUUUAAGCCACAUUUGUUAGGACGUACUUUGGGCAUUGAGCACAGAUAAGAAGAUACUUUAAACAUUCUGUAAAAGUUUUUAUUAGUGACUUUGGUUUAUUAAUGAAUCUUGAGAAAUUAUAGAAGUGCAGUUUAAACUAGAGUUAGUGGUUAUUGAUUUCUUGGUCUUAAUGUGGUUAUCUAGUGGAGGCUUUUCAGCCCACUUUUGCAGUAUUGGGUGUCAACUCCCAGAAAGUGUCUACAGUUUAAUUUUCAGAUAUUCCCUAAUCUAUCCUUUACAUUUUCCUCCAGGAGAAUUUGUAUCCUUCAAAAGAAAUAUCAGUUUUUAAACUCAAUUUUAGCUAUUUUGACUUUUAUUCUAUUGCCUAACUUUGAUUUUCAUUAAAAGGCCUAAAAACUGUGACCUUCAAAAGGGAAAGGAUUGUAAAAAUUAAGUAUCUAACUUGAUCCUUACCACCUAAACUGUUUUGUGUGACAUACAAUCAAUGUUGUUGUUAUCUGUUUUCAGAAUAGUUUUUUGGUAAUUAAGUCUGACUUUUUUUUUUUUAAAGUCCGACAUUUCUAAAGGCAAGUUUUUAUUAUGAGAGUAAGGCUAAUGACCCAUGAGGACACCUGCACAUGAACUUAUCUAUUCCAUUUAAAGCAUUUUGUACUCUGGCUUCUGAUUAAAAAUGGCAAGGCGGACCAUUUACUAGGGAAAGUCAUAGAGAAAAAUUACAGAUCACAGAAAUUAACCGGACAUUUUCUUUUUUGACUAAUUAGGCCAUUAGACCAUUUAUCAAAAUUAUAUGUAUUUUUUGAACAUUUUGUUGUGGUUUGGGUGAAAGUUUACAGAGCAAAUUGGUUUUCCAGUCAACAAUUUAUGUAUCACAACUGUACUGACGUAUGUGUAGGUUAGGUGGAAGUAAGUAGAGCUGGAUUGCAGGCAAAUGCCCUUACAUAUUCCCCAACAAGAUUAUUGUCCGAUGCUCAAAUCUUCCUUUCAAGCAGAUUUUUAGUUCAAGACUCCAUUUUUCAGUUCAAGGAGCUAUCAUUUUGAAAAGUAUCCUUUCAGUUUAAGAAAUUUGGGGAAGUUACAGCCUUUAUUCUGGGAGAUGAUUUUGGUAGUCUCUGUUGAAAGAUGCCUCCUAUUAGAAUUCUUGCCUAAAACAUUCUUUUGGCUGUCACUUCACAAACUAUUUAAACAUGUGGGCCAUUAGUAGGUGCCUCCCCACCUCGCCAAUACUAGUUUUUGAACAUGUUAAUCCGUGAUUAAAAUGUUUGUUUAUUUCAAAAUUAAGACAUUUUGAAAGUUAUCUUUGUUUCUGUCUGUUUCCUGUUUCACAUAUUUUGAUUAUCCACUAUUGUAAGAAACUUCAGAUAUAAAAUGUAUCUUCAAAUUAUUGAAUGUUUCAUCUAUCCCAAUGUGUGAAGCAUUAUCCUGUGAAUAAAUGUAUGUAGAAUUGACAUAGAUUGAGCUACAAUAGCUGGAAGUAAGUUUUCAGGGAGAAAGUAUUUGACAAACAAAAAAAAAUGUCUGUUCCCUCGUUUUUAUUCAUUUGUUUUAAUUUCUUAUCUCAAAUACACACAAUUAUUUGGGAGUGGUUGUUCAGAUGGAAAAAUAUUGGCAUUCGUGUUGAACAUUUUAUCUUUCUGUAUGUAGUUUUUUGAGGAUUUUUGCCAAAGUCUUUCUGAGAGCUAUAUGAAACCCACACCUCUCCCCAGCUGUGCUUCCACUUUUCCUUUUGAGGUGGUGAAAGCAUUUCAUGAAAACUUAAAUCCCUAUACAAAAGGGUAAUGAUUAUUCCAAGACAAAGAUGUCUGUCUGUCUCCAACCUGCCUUCCACUGUGUGCUAUUUAUUUUUUUGCAAAAAAUAUUAGUUCUUACAAAAUAUUUCAAGUAAUGAGAAAAAGUUCAUGCAUAUAAUUACCUUUAAAUCCUUCCUUAUGUUUUUAAGUUUUUAAAUUGUAUGUUGGCUUUUGAUUCCAGUGUCAUUUCUGGCUGCUCUAAUUUAAGUUCUAUUACAACUGCAGUGCAUACCAGCCUUCCCUAAGGAACAAUUUCCUGGAAUGUGAAGCUCUGGUGCCAUUAGUUAUCCACGUGCAGAAAGUUUUGUGUACAAGCAUUUCUUGUUUGUGCACUUCGUAAGGCUGAUUGUGACUAAAAUCAGCUUAAUUUUUUGUAUUAGAUUAGAUUCACUAACUGCUGCAGUCUAAAUGAUCAAAUCUUUGUACAAAGGAAAAUUAUUUAAAUUUUAUUUUUCUACUGACAUUUCUAAUUCUGGUAAAAUGUUUAUCAAUAAAAGAAUUACUUUCAUUUCUGUGAGCCGGAAUUGUAUUUCUUUUUCAGUGGCCAAUGAGUUUGAUCUUCUGUAAUAAAGUUUCAGACUUGUUUCUUGCUUUUUUAUAACUUCGUGUUUAACAUAUAUGUUUAACUAUUUCCUUUAUGUUCAACUUUUACUAAUUUAUGGUAAAAUUCUCGUUCAAAAAUGUGAUUAAACUGUACUUAAACAUGAACUUGAGUCUUACUAACUCCACUUUGUGGGCCAUUGAAAACCUAAUGGAGCAGUUCUAUUCUGGCACGCAUGAGGUUGCUGUGAGUCUGAGGCGACUCCCAGCAACUGUUUUUAGUGUAAGACACACACCUAGUUCUGGUCCAGGGUAUUAAUGGGGGGCAAUUUGCAGCUGAAGAAAACCUGCUCAGCUGUACCUAGAGUUAACAAGGAGCGUGUUAGUCAUGGAUGUCAUCUGCAUUUGCUUCUGAUUAUUGCCUCCCAUAAUUGAAUUAUAAUUAAAAUUUUUUAUUACGGUGAAAAUAUACGUAACAUAUACGCCACCUCAAUUUCUAUAAGUACAAUUUAGUGACAUUGAAUACGUGCACCCAUUCUCGCUACCCUUUUCCAAAUCAUUGCACCACCAUUAACGUAAAACUUAAUGUCCCCUAAACAAAAACUCCCAGAAAAAUUGUUAAUCUGAAAAUAAACGUUAAAUGGGGUUGUACUUCCAUGUGUGUUAACUGUGAACGUUGUCUGACUUCAAGAAUAUUUCCACAAACAGGUAAUUUUAUUUAAGCGCAUUUAUUAAAUCAA